CCCGGAUGGAGGCACGUCAUUGUCCCCCGCCGGGCGGCUGGGCUGUGUGCGGCGGCGGCGGCGGCGGCGGCGGCGGCCGAGGGGGAUGGAGCGAGCGCCGAGCCGGGUCAGAGUUGAACAAUGACCAUAGUUGACAAAGCUUCUGAAUCUUCAGACCCAUCAGCCUAUCAGAAUCAGCCUGGCAGUUCUGAGGCAGUCUCACCGGGAGACAUGGAUGCAGGUUCUGCCAGCUGGGGUGCUGUGUCUUCGUUAAAUGAUGUUUCAAAUCACACGCUUUCUUUAGGACCAGUACCUGGUGCUGUAGUUUAUUCAAGUUCAUCUGUAGCUGAUAAAUCAAAGCCAUCACCACAAAAGGAUCAAGCCCUCGGUGAUGGCAUUGCUCCUCCACAAAAAGUUCUUUUUCCAUCUGAGAAGAUUUGUCUUAAGUGGCAACAGACUCAUAGAGUUGGAGCUGGGCUCCAGAACUUGGGCAAUACCUGUUUUGCCAAUGCAGCAUUGCAGUGUUUAACUUACACACCACCUCUCGCCAAUUAUAUGCUAUCACAUGAACACUCCAAGACAUGUCAUGCUGAAGGAUUUUGUAUGAUGUGUACAAUGCAAGCACAUAUUACCCAGGCACUCAGUAAUCCUGGGGAUGUUAUUAAACCGAUGUUUGUCAUUAAUGAGAUGCGGCGUAUAGCUAGGCACUUCCGUUUUGGAAACCAAGAAGAUGCCCAUGAGUUCCUUCAGUACACUGUUGAUGCUAUGCAGAAAGCAUGCUUGAACGGCAGCAAUAAAUUAGACAGACACACCCAGGCUACCACACUCGUGUGUCAGAUAUUUGGAGGCUACCUAAGAUCCAGAGUCAAAUGUUUAAAUUGCAAAGGUGUUUCUGAUACUUUUGAUCCAUAUCUUGAUAUAACAUUGGAGAUAAAGGCUGCUCAGAGUGUGAACAAGGCGCUGGAGCAGUUUGUGAAGCCGGAGCAGCUGGACGGAGAAAACUCAUACAAGUGCAGCAAGUGUAAAAAGAUGGUUCCAGCUUCAAAGAGGUUCACUAUACACCGAUCCUCCAAUGUUCUUACACUUUCUCUGAAACGCUUUGCAAAUUUUACUGGAGGAAAAAUUGCUAAGGAUGUGAAAUAUCCUGAGUAUCUUGAUAUUCGACCAUACAUGUCUCAACCAAAUGGAGAACCGAUUAUUUAUGUUUUGUAUGCAGUGCUGGUACACACUGGUUUUAAUUGCCAUGCUGGCCAUUAUUUCUGCUACAUAAAAGCUAGCAAUGGCCUCUGGUAUCAGAUGAAUGAUUCCAUCGUAUCUACCAGUGAUAUUAGAUCGGUACUCAGUCAACAAGCCUAUGUUCUCUUUUAUAUCAGGUCCCACGAUGUGAAAAACGGAGGUGAACUUACUCAUUCCGCCCACAGCCCCGGCCAGUCUUCUCCCCGACCUGUGAUCGGUCAGCGGGUUGUCAACAACAAGCCGGCCACGUCAGGCUUUAUCGGACCACAGCUUCCUUCUCACAUGAUAAAGAAUCCACCUCACUUAAACGGGACUGGGCCAUUGAAAGAAACGCCGAGCAGUUCUAUGUCGAGUCCUAAUGGGAACUCCAAUGUCAACAGGGCUGGUCCUGUUAAUGCUUCAACUUCUGUUCAAAACUGGUCAGUGAACAGGUCCUCGGUUAUUCCAGAACAUCCCAAGAAACAAAAAAUCACAAUCAGUAUUCACAACAAGUUACCUGUUCGUCAAGGUCAGUCUCAGCCUAAUCUUCACAGCAAUUCUUUGGAGAAUCCUAACAAGCCUGUCCCCUCUUCUACCAUCACCAAUUCUUCUGCAAUACAGUCUACCUCGAGUGCACCUACGGCAUCAGUUUCCAGUAAAGUCACAAAGCACAUGGCCCCACCUGAGUCCUGUUCCAAGCCAGUGAUGAACGGCAAGUCCAAGCUGAACCCAAGUGUCCUGGUCCCCUAUGGUGCCGAGUCAUCUGAAGAGUCUGACGAGGAGGCAAAGGGCCUAGGCAGGGAGAACGGGCUAGGGACGGUCGAGAGCUCACACUCUUCUGCUCAGGACGCUGAAGACGACGAGGUCUCUGGGCACGAGCUUCGAGAACCUGUUACUCUAAAUGGUGCUAAUAGUACAGAUAGCGACCCGAAAGAAAACGGUAUGUCGUUUGAUGGUGCCAGUUGCCAAAUCCAGCCUGCUGCACACUCCGAAAACCCCUUUUCUAAGGCAAAUGGUCUACCUGGAAAGUUGAUGCCCGCUCCUUUGCCACCUCUCCCAGAAGACAAAAUCUUAGAGACCUUCAAACUUGCUAACAAAGUGAAAGGCUCCACAGAUGAAACAAGUGCACCUGGAACAGAGGAAAGCCCUGCAGAGGACGAGAAGGCAAGACUGGAGCCUGGCAGCCCCACUCCUGGUUCCCCAGAGAAAAUGGAGACAGUCCCGAGUCUUAGCAGCAAAUUGAAGAAGGCUUUGCCGCCUUCGGACCACUGCAUGAAAUCUACCAAAGAAGAAGUCUCUGAAAACGUUUUGGCAGAACCUGCCGAGGCUUUGCCGGGUAUCAGCCAUCUUUGUGACGCCAGCCAGAUUACCAUCGGGGACGAUCAACUGUCUAUACCAUGUGGCCCUGGGAAUUUAGCAAGUGAUCAGAGCAGAGCACCCCAAGAAAUGAAAGGGACGUUAAUAGAGAGUCCCCAGGACUCGGCUGCAGUGGAGGCCACGGGGAGGUUGAGUCUGAGUCCCUCGUCCUGUCCCGUGGAUGACGGUGAGCAGGGUACCUCCGUUCACAGCAGCCGAGACAAGUGCAUGGCCUCAGAGGACCCGCCUGUCAGCACGGGGACCUCUGCGGAUGAGCCACAUCGUCCUCAGUUGGACACGGCCGCAGAAAGUCAUUCAGUGGGGGGCCCCGAACAGAGUUCUGGUGAGCGAUGUGAAGAAAAUAAGGCUGGGCUGCAAGUCCAGGAUCGCUCUCCGGUCACGGAAAAAAUCGGCAGCCUCAGAAAAGUCGACCGGGGCCAUUACCGCAACCGGAGAGAGCGCUCGUCCAGCGGGGAACGCGCGAGGGACAGCAGGAGCAGGACGGAGGACCACUGUCACCGGCGGCGGCACUCCUACACGCGCGAGCGCGAGCGGGCCCCACACGACCGCUACCGGCCAGAGCACUGCAACGGGGCCCAGUACCAGCCCUGCCACAGCGAGAGGCUCAGCCCCAGCCAGCACCGCGCCCCUGCCAGGUACAGCCACCACCACGCCCGACACCGCGGCGGGUCCCACCAGGACUGGAGCCGCUACCACCACGCAGACAGUGAGCGCUCCUGGGGCCGGGAGAAGUGCUACCCAGGAAAACUGAGGUGGGACCAGUCCAGGCACUUCCACGACAGGUACGCGCCAUACACGGCCAGGGAGGUGCGGGACUGGAAGCCUUUCCACGGGGACCGGGGCUACGACAAGGCGGCCCAGUACGGCGGCUGGCCGUUCAAGGACUGCUAUAAAAGCAGACGGGGCGCGGAGCUGCUUGCUAAGGAGAAGGAGCGGCACCAUUUCGGCAGCCCGCGAGCAGGCCUCCCGCACGCCCUGCCCCCCUACCCUGACAAGUACUCCCACGAGAAGAUUGCACUAGUCGCUGAAGACACUUGUCACCUCGCUGAUCGGUUUCGUGAUCACGAAAAUGUCAAGUCACGAAAGCGCAGGUACGAUAGUGCAGAACAUGACAGUUUCGUAGAAAAGAAAGCCUGGAGAAGCUUACAAAGGGACCCUAUAGAAGAGCCUAAGGUGAAGAAGCACAAAAAAUCAAAGAAGAAAAAGAAAUCCAAAGACAAACACCGAGAGCGAGACUCCAGGCACCAGCAGGACUCAGAUCUUUCCGGCGCGUACUCGGAUGCUGACCUCCACAGACACAAAAAGAAGAAGAAGAAAAAGAAGAGACACUCAAGGAAAUCCGAGGACUUUGGGAAAGACUCAGAACCACACUUAGCGAAGGCCGCCAGCUCUGAGACUGUUGACCAUUUCCGGACAAAUGAUGGCGGUUUUCCCCUCACUGAUGGCCUGCCUCUGGAAGGUUUUGGACCUUUCCGUGAAAAAACAAAACAUUUAAGGAUGGAAAGCAGGGACGACAGGUGUCAUCUGUCUGAGUGUGGCCAGGGUGAUUGAAAACUUGGCCUCAGAACAAAGAAUUCACUAGUUACGAUUCAACAUGUCCAACAGAAGCCAUCCCCAACCCAGCUUAAAUUAUAAAUAUAGGAAAUAACUUUGUUCAAAUCUGCGUGGUGCUUCCUUAGUAAAUACUGUACAGAUUUUACCAUGGAGAACGUUUUUUUAGUUUUUACCUUUUCUUAAUUACUCUUAUUCCAAAUGGAUGAACACUUUCUACAACUGCUGACCAUUGUAAAAUACCGUGUAUAUAAAUCACCUUGAAAAUAACGCCCUGGACUAGAACAUCUCAAAUGCUGCUUAAUCAGACUCAGGUUGAUCACUAGUAUUCCAUGUAAUGCUCCUCCAAGGUAGACAUCCGGGGCAAGACCGACCGGGAAACCAUGGAAUUUUAAAAGUACAAACAACUGACAGUAUGUAUAUUUAAUUUAAAGACUUAUUUAAAGAUUCACAAGCUCUCAACUAGACUUUUGAGAGCAAUCUGUUUUCUGUAAUGUCUGAUACUAGAAACUAAUUUGCUUCAUAUUUUAGUUGUAUUCAAGAUUUGAAGGUGUAUUUUAUAGACAAGUUCUGUUUUUGAACUUUGUGGAACUAUUCCAAUCAAUUUACCAGUUAUGAUGAGUAUUUACAUUAUGAAUGUAUAAUCCAAACAUUAUUUGUAAAGCCUACAGUAUGUUUUUUUAUUACAUAACACUUUUUUUAUACAGUGUCUCUUGUCUUGACUAUGAUAUUGGAGUCUGAGUUGUCAGCUUGGUCCCUUAAAGUUUCUAGUUACAGACAAAAUCAUACUGUGAUUUUAUUUUUAAUAUGGAUAUGCUAUCAAACUGUGAUACACUUAUAAUUCUUCACUGGUCCUGCAUCAGGAGAUGGAGUGGGGAAAACUGUAUUUAAUACAGUUUGUAUCUGAAUAAUCUGUAUGCUUUAUACAGUUUGUGUUGUUCAGAGAUGUCUAAAGUUUGAUCUUUGUUUUUUUAAAGAUUAAAAAAAGCACUUGCCCCACUGUAAAUAUACAGCAUGUAAAAUUUAUAUAGUAUAUAAAUGGCAGC